GCAGCUCGCCGGCCACCGCGCCGGGACUUGCCCGCCGCUCCUCGCGCCCGGCCGCCCGCGCUCGCCGGCCAGGAUUGAGCUGUAGCCGCGCCCUCCUCGCGGAGACGCACUCGCCGGCCCCGCAGCGAGCCCUGUGCUCCAACUUCUGCCCGAGGAGCCCAACUUCUGCGCCGGCGUCGGACUUAGGGAUCCCGAGCCGCGCGAGGUGCGCAGCUCGGGCUGUAGCCGUAGCGGCUCGGCCUUGCGGAGAUGACCUCGCGACUGUGGCUCUGGUGCUUCUGCGGCUGGUUGGCCGCCAGCUGGCCGCCAGGAAGCGCCCUACAGCUCCAGCCCGGCACGCCAAAUGUUUGUGAAGAACAGAAGCUGACUGUGGUAGGACUCCCACAGCCCUGUGUCCGGGCCUUCACACACAUGGUCAAGCUUUGGAAACAAGGCUGUACCCACCCUGGGUGGUGUGCGGGUUACGAAAGAAGGACCCGGUACUACACUGUGUACAGACAGGUGUACAGCAUUGAGCAGCGGACAGUUCACAGGUGCUGCCCUGGUUGGAGCCAAUGGGAUGAUGAACCGGGCUGCCUACACUAUAUAAAUGAAUGUACCAUUGACAAUGGUGUCUGUCGGGAUCAGUGCUGUAAUACAAUUGGCAGUUAUUACUGCAGAUGCCUAGCUGGCCAGAAGCUGGAGGAAGAUGGCAGAGGAUGUGAAGAUGUCGAUGAAUGUACGGUGGUGAAUGGAGGCUGCCAGCAGCGCUGUAUUAACACUCUGGGCACUUUCCACUGUGAAUGUGAUACAGGAUACAGACUCCAUGCUGACGAACGCACCUGCAUAAGGAUUGAAUUGGAAAUUGUCAAUAGCUGUGAAAAGAACAAUGGUGGUUGUUCCCAUCACUGUGAACAUGAAAUUGGUGGGCCCCAUUGUUCCUGUAACCAUGGACACCAGCUGGAUUCAGAUAAGAAAACAUGCAUAGACCUUGAUGAAUGUGAAAGUGGAGAAGCCUGCUGUGCCCAGCUCUGCAUCAACUAUUUAGGAGGCUAUGAAUGCAGCUGUCAGGAAGGCUUUGUGAUCAGUUCUGAUGGGUGUGGAUGUGAUGCUUUAUAUGAUGAUGAACUAGAGGAAGAACAAGAAUUAGAAGUGAACUUUCCAGGCUUUCUAAUCCAGAGCCCACCUCAACUGCUUCAUUAUGUUGCUACCUCUCUGACUCCCUCUUACAAAGAUGAAGAGGAAGAGGAAAAAGCUUUACAAGAACUCACUGUUUUGCACGAAGUUGUCUGUUUAGGUGGCACCUUCGGACAUGACUGUAGUUUGCGCUGUGAAGACUGCAUGAAUGGAGGCAAAUGCCAGGAAGGAAGGAGUGGAUGUUCCUGCCCAGCAGGCUGGGGUGGUGUUCUUUGUAAUGAAACUUGCUCCCCAGAGACUCAUGGGAAAAGGUGUGGCAGCAUCUGUGGUUGCCAGAAUGGAGGCACCUGUGAUCCUCUGACUGGGCAGUGCUGGUGCCCCCCAGGGGUACGAGGGAAAACUUGUGAAGGAUGCCUGAGAGGGUUCUUUGGGAAGGACUGCAGAAGAAAAUGUAACUGUGCCAACAAUGGCCAUUGCCACAGGAUGUAUGGCACCUGUGUGUGUGAGCCCGGGUGCUUUGGGAGGUUUUGUCAUCUGAACUGUCCCAAGGGGGUCUACGGAGCUGGCUGCUCUUCUGAAUGUCAGUGUGUGGAGGAGAACACCCUGGAAUGCAGUGCCAAAAAUGGUAGUUGCACGUGCAAAUAUGGUUACCAAGGCAACAGAUGCCAGAAAGCCUGCCCUGAGGGCCUCUGGGGACCAGAAUGUCGCUUCUCUUGUGGAUCCUGUGAGAAUGGAGGUCACUGCAACAAAAAAACUGGCAACUGUGACUGCCCUCCUGGUUACACAGGAAAAUCCUGUGCCUUGCGGUGCCCGGAAGGCACUUAUGGCCCAUAUUGCCAAAAGACAUCUAAGUGUCUGAAUGGUGCCAGCUGUGACCCAAUGAUUGGCACCUGUGACUGCCCUCCUGGCUUCAUCGGAGCAGACUGCAGUCAAGCUUGUCCUGAAGGUCACUAUGGGCAAGACUGUGUUCACCGGUGUUCUUGUGGCUUGGGACAGUGUGACCCAGUGACUGGAAGGUGUCAGUGUCCACCUGGCCAAAUGGGAGACAGGUGUCAGCAAGGAUGUCCCCAGACAAGAUAUGGCACAAAUUGUGAGUUUAAAUGUGCAUGCCAAAAUGGUGGACUUUGCAAUCCCAUGGAUGGAAGCUGUACCUGUGGCCUUGGAUGGACAGGAAAUGAUUGUGAAAAAGGCAAGUUGAUAUACUACCUUCUUACCCUCAAUAAAAAUCUGCUUUAG